AUGGCCAUCAUACUCGUACGAGCAGCGUCGCCGGGGCUCUCCGCCGCCGACAGCAUCAGCCACCAGGGGACUCUCCAGUGCUCCACCCUGCUCAAGACGAAGAGGCCGGCGGCGCGCCGGUGGAUGCCCUGCUCGCUCCUUGGCCUCCACCCGUGGGAGGCUGGCCGUCCCUCCCCCGCCGUCUACUCCAGCCUCGCCGUCAACCCGGCGGGAGAGGCCGUCGUCUCGUCCGAGCAGAAGGUCUACGACGUCGUGCUCAAGCAGGCCGCAUUGCUCAAACGCCAGCUGCGCACGCCGGUCCUCGACGCCAGGCCCCAGGACAUGGACAUGCCACGCAACGGGCUCAAGGAAGCCUACGACCGCUGCGGCGAGAUCUGUGAGGAGUAUGCCAAGACGUUUUACCUCGGAACUAUGUUGAUGACAGAGGAGCGGCGCCGCGCCAUAUGGGCCAUCUAUGUGUGGUGUAGGAGGACAGAUGAGCUUGUAGAUGGGCCAAACGCCAACUACAUUACACCAACAGCUUUGGACCGGUGGGAGAAGAGACUUGAGGAUCUGUUCACGGGACGUCCUUACGACAUGCUUGAUGCCGCUCUCUCUGAUACCAUCUCAAGGUUCCCCAUAGACAUUCAGCCAUUCAGGGACAUGAUUGAAGGGAUGAGGAGUGAUCUUAGGAAGACAAGGUAUAACAACUUCGACGAGCUCUACAUGUACUGCUACUAUGUUGCUGGAACUGUCGGGUUAAUGAGCGUACCUGUGAUGGGCAUCGCAACCGAGUCUAAAGCAACAACUGAAAGCGUAUACAGUGCUGCCUUGGCUCUGGGAAUUGCGAACCAACUCACGAACAUACUCCGGGAUGUUGGAGAGGAUGCUAGAAGAGGAAGGAUAUAUUUACCACAAGAUGAGCUUGCACAGGCAGGGCUCUCUGAUGAGGACAUCUUCAAAGGGGUCGUCACGAACCGGUGGAGAAACUUCAUGAAGAGGCAGAUCAAGAGGGCCAGGAUGUUUUUUGAGGAGGCAGAGAGAGGGGUAACUGAGCUCUCACAGGCUAGCAGAUGGCCAGUAUGGGCUUCCCUGUUGUUGUACAGGCAGAUCCUGGAUGAGAUCGAAGCCAACGACUACAACAACUUCACGAAGAGGGCGUAUGUUGGUAAAGGGAAGAAGUUGCUAGCACUUCCUGUGGCAUAUGGAAAAUCGCUACUGCUCCCAUGUUCAUUGAGAAAUGGCCAGACCUAGCCACCAGAGAAGCUGCAAUGCAAGGUUCAGGUUAGGCUAGAUAGAAAGUUAAAUGGGGCAACAUCAGGAGGCCUUGAUGAAAAACAGACAACCUGGUGAAUUGUUGUUGGGAUCAGGCACAGAACAGAUAAGAGCCGCGCAGCCAACCUAGGGCAUGUUUGGUUUCAAUUAGUUCUAGGACUAAACUUUAGUCCUAGGACUAAACUUUAGUCCCUAUAUGUUUGGUUCUAGGGACUAAAUAGAUUCUAAAGUCAUUAAAUACAUUGUCCAAAGACUCAAAUACCCUUAGAAUAUACUCAUGAUAUUAGUUAUCUAUAAAAAGGUAAGGGCAACAUGAUAAUUAUGA